GGCGGUGCAAAUGACAAAAGUAGGCGGGGCUUGACGCAGCAUCCACUUUCAUUUUUCGGGAAUAUACGUGAGGUUCUUCUUAUAACCAACUGGGUGCUCGUCUAAGAAGGGACGUUUUUGCUAGUGCGACGGAAUCCUGAGGUCCACACUAACCUAUCUUAUUCUAACAUCUUACCACGUUAUUCUGCCAUUUUCAAAAAUAAUUAGUAAUAUCGAGGUUUGUUUUUUGUUGACUAAAAAUGAAAGUUCAUCACGUAUCACGGAAGUAAUAUUUCCAAAAAAUUGGGUAAUUCUAGGUUAGAGACCACCAAUUUCAUAAGUGACGUUUUUCGAAAAGUGGUUAGGUGGAUGUAGUUUUUGAAAUAUACAUUAAGUACCAGUCUACAGUAUUCCUAUUCAAUGAACACUUAACGCUCAAAGCACAAGAAAUACUUUCCAAAAGAAGUGGCUGAUUAUGGAGCAAGUUUAUAUCCAGUGAAUGAUGAUUCUAUAAUACAAAUCGAACAUUAUCUGAAAAGUGCUUUAAUAAGCAAAUUUAUAUCCUCACCAAGUGAAUGUUUAUAUCUAUAAUACAGAGCAAACAUUAUCUGGAAAGUGUUUUAAUAAGCAAAUUUAUAUCCCCACAAAGUGAAUACUUAUAUCUAUAACAAAGAGCAAACAUUAUUCUCUAAAUCAAAAGCUAUACUCCCUGAAUUGUGGCCCACUAUAUAAAAUAUCUAAAACAGGCAUUAAGUAACUUAUAUUCCCCAACCAAAGUACCAUAACAGAAUCCGCCCAAGGAGCCGUCAACAGAAUGCAGGAGGCGAGGAAGGCGGACGAGCUCUCGAAAAAGGGCGAGGUCAGAGCUCAGUACCUGACGGAGUUCAGCCCCCUGGAGUACCACUCCACCUUCUACUCCGCCCUCGACGACGAGGUCAAGUUCUUCCUCGAGGCUUACCAUAAUGCUUUCGAGAAAGACAUUUUGCUGACGAGUCGCGGGUCCAACCAGCGGAGGGUCCUGGACUUCGGGUGUGGACCCGUUCCAGUGUACGCUGGAACGGCAGCUCACUUCGCAAACUCGAUCACGAUGGCUGAAAUCGCGCCCGCGAACAGGCAAGCCAUCAAUUCCUGGAUGAACUCUGAAGAAGCAGCGCUGGACUGGAGUCUGUUUUUCAACCACAUCGCCUCUCUGGACGGCGGAACGAAAGCCGGGGAGGAUUAUGUCCAGAGACUUCGAGACGUCUUCCAGUUGGUCGUUCCAUGCGACGGGGAACUGGAAAACCCACUUCAUCCAGUCUGUCAAACGUACGACAUUGUGAUGAGUACUCUCUGUCUUGAAUUUGCUACCAUUUCUCUGGACGACUACAGAGUCAUGUUAGCCAAUGUGACUCAUCUGAUCAAACCAGGAGGGGUUCUCAUGAUGGCGGGAGCCCUAGGGAACACUUCGUACUACGUGGGGCAGAGCAAAUACCCCUCAGUGAGCCUGACGAAGGAGGCCAUUGCAGAUGCCGUGACCUCGUCGGAGACCUUGGAGCUAAUUACCCUCAGGACACUGGACAGACAGACUUCUCUGGACGAGAAACCAGCAGAUCACAGUGGGAUCUUUUUCGUAAUGGCACAGAAAACGGGAACUGAGUAGUAACCGACUUUACUCUUGUUUCCUCUCCGUUUUCUAUUUCUUGUCAAUUUUCUUUUGCCCUCUGGUGCACUGAGGUACAGAAGAAUUGGGGAAACUGACUUCGGCACAGAUAUCCUUUUAUUAUUGUUAAAUUUGUAUGAUAAAAUUUCCAUAAAAGAUGUACAUGGUUCAAGAACUCUAGCUAUCACUUUCUUUUAAGAUAAACUUAAUUUGAUCAUUAUAAUUUUAUUUGGUUAAUGUGUGAAUACUGUAACCAGCCAUAUGUGGCCGAGUCACUCGGCAUAAUUUCCCGAUACAAAAUUAUCUGUGAAACAUGUCUGGAAAAUGUAUUAAAUAUAUUAGUUAUACUCAAAUCGAUU